GCUUUGUGUAGUAUGUUUGUUUAUAAUAUGUGUGCUCUAUGUCUCUGUCUAGUACUGAACAGUGUAUGGUGCUACUUCAUUCCUUCGUCGACAAACAUCCACGCUGAGUUCAAGGAGUGUAGGUUUGCUGCUGAACUUCAUGUUCAGCGUCUUCUGAACUAAUAGUCACAGAAUUUAUAUUGCAAGUUGUUCUGUUAUACCCAAUGUUUCACUUUUCAC